CCAACUACUUUUUUUCCUCUUUCUCUCUCUCUCUCUAUCUCGCUUUCGACAUGGCACCAAUGUGAAAUUGAAAGAGAGAGAGACUGGCAAUGCUUAACUAAAAAAGCGUUGAAUUCGUGUUCAGAGAUCAGUUGAGAGGUGUUUGUUUUAAGAACAUUUCGGAACGAAGCGUGUGAUCUCAGCCUUUUUUCUCUAUUUAGUAAAAAAUUCAAGCUCUAUUAUGAGCUGAUAAUUUAUUUUGGUUUUACUAUUGUAUUCAGAAAAAAAAAAUGCAGCUCAAACAAUUCUUAAGAUCAUCAUCAUUUGGGAGCUGCAGUUCAAAGCGAUCGACUUACAGUAGGAACUUUGACUUACCGGAAGAUACGCCGGCGACGGAGAUAUUCGAAACCGGGCCGGAGUAUGUCGGAGGAGCAAUGCUACCGAUUUUCCUCAACGAUUUGCGGCAAAACAGCGACCUGCAGGAUUUAGUGGAAGUUACGCUAGAAUUGGAUGAUAAUUCAAUUGUUUUGUGUAGCGUUGCACCAACACCGUCACACAAUGCAGAAGGUAAUGGAAGUGAAGAAGAAGCUCCCAACGGAUUUUUAGCACGUAGUGCGUCAGCGGCGUCGAAACUUCGCCGGAAAUUCUCGUGGAUCAGAUCGCCGUCAGUGAGGUCACGGACGUCGGCGGCGCCAUCAGAAGAUGAUCAUUUUCAGUUUUAUAAUCAUAACAGUAAUCAUAACAAUACAACAAACACCUUAUCUGCACGAGAAGAGAUGAAAUCGAAAUUGAAGCUUGUAAGGAGUAAAUCAACGGCUCAGCGCGCGCUUGGAGGAUUAAGAUUCAUAAGUAAAACAACAGGUGAAUCUGAUACGAAUGUGCAAUGGAAAAAAGUGGAGGCGCGGUUUGAUGCUUUGGCAAAAGACGGUUUGCUUGCUAGAGAAGAUUUUGGUGAUUGCAUUGGAAUGACGGAUUCGAAGGAGUUCGCAGUGGGGGUUUUUGAUGCACUGGUACGGCGGCGGCGUCAAAAAACGGCGAAGAUAACGAAAGCUGAGCUUCAUGAAUUUUGGUUGCAGAUUUCUGACCAAAGUUUUGACGCUCGUCUUCAGAUUUUCUUUGACAUGGCGGAUAGAAACGGAGAUGGAAAAAUCACGAGAGAUGAAGUGCAAGAGCUAAUCAUGCUGAGUGCUUCCGCAAAUAAGUUGUCGAAAUUGAAGGAACGUGCAGCCGAGUAUGCUUCUCUAAUUAUGGAGGAAUUGGACCCUGAUGAUCUUGGUUACAUUGAGUUAUGGCAGUUGGAAACACUUCUUCUGCAAAGAGACAAUUACAUGAAUUACAGCAGACCAUUAAGCACAACAAGCGUCGGAUGGAGUCAGAACUUAGGAACUCGUAGCAAGACCAGGAACCUAGUAAAGAGAGCAAGUUAUGGACUCAAAUGCCUUGUCUUAGAUAACUGGCAAAGGGCCUGGAUUCUGUUGCUAUGGGUGAUGAUUAUGGCUGGACUUUUCACCUGGAAAUUUUUGCAGUAUAGGCGAAGAGCUGCAUUUCAAGUUAUGGGUUACUGCUUGGCAACUGCUAAAGGAGCUGCAGAGACUCUCAAACUCAACAUGGCACUUGUCCUUCUACCGGUUUGCCGAAACAUUUUAACUUGGCUAAGGUCUACUAGGGCCAAGCUCCUUGUUCCUUUUGAUGAUAAUAUCAAUUUUCACAAGAUUAUUGCGUAUGCCAUUGCAGUUGGAAUCUUGCUUCAUGCGGGAAACCAUUUAGCAUGUGAUUUUCCUCGUCUGAUUAACUCAUCUCCUGAGAAAUUUGCACUAAUAGCUUCUGAUUUUGACAACGUAAAGCCCACUUUCAAAAGCCUCUUGACCGGCAUUGAAGGUGUUACUGGCAUUGCUAUGGUUAUUUUGAUGGCAAUUGUCUUCACACUAGCAACACGAGGCUUCAGGAGAAAUGUAUUGAAGCUGCCACCUCCUUUCAAUCGAUUAACAGGCUUCAACGCAUUUUGGUAUUCUCAUCACCUUCUAGCAGUGGUCUACGUACUCCUAAUAGUACAUGGAACGUUCUUGUUCUUGGUUCACCAAUGGUGGCAGAAAACAACAUGGAUGUACAUCUCCAUGCCGUUGCUCCUCUAUGUAGCCGAGAGGAGUUUGAGAACAUGUCGAUCAGAACACUACACAGCAAAGAUUUUGAAGGUUUCUGUACUUCCAGGAGAUGUCUUUAGCCUAACCCUGUCAAAGCCAAAUGGUUUCAAAUACAAGAGUGGGCAAUACAUAUUCCUGCAGUGCCCAACAAUCUCCUCAUUUGAAUGGCAUCCAUUUUCUAUAACAUCAGCACCAGGAGAUGACUACCUCAGUGUUCACAUCCGCAUUGUAGGAGAUUGGACGAACGAACUUAAGCGGGUUUUCACAGAGGAUGAUAGUUCAGCAUGUGAAAUCGGGCGGGCAAAGUUUGAAGAACGCGGGAAUGUUGAUCAAAGAGGUUUACCUCGAUUGCUUGUUGAUGGACCAUAUGGUGCCGCAGCACAGGACUAUCAAAAUUAUGAUGUCUUGCUCCUUGUGGGACUUGGUAUUGGAGCUACCCCUUUUAUAAGUAUCCUAAAGGAUCUAUUGAACAAUUCAAGAUCAGAAGAACAACUGGAUUCGAAUACUGAGACCAGCGCAUCAGAUGACAGCUGGACAAGUUAUGCCUCUUCAAGCGCGGCAUCAAGUGGAAAAAAGAAAUCAAUAAGGACAAAAAGUGCACAUUUUUAUUGGGUUACCAGAGAACCUGGAUCCUUUGAGUGGUUUAAAGGGGUGAUGAAUGAAGUGGCCGAAAUGGAUCACAAAGGUCUGAUAGAGAUGCACAAUUAUCUAACGAGUGUUUAUGAAGAGGGCGAUGCCAGGUCAACUCUCAUCACUAUGGUCCAGGCGCUCAACCAUGCAAAACAUGGUGUUGACAUCCUAUCUGGCACCCAGGUAAGGACGCAUUUUGCAAGGCCCAAAUGGAAAGAAGUAUUCAGCAAAAUAGCUUCAAAACAUCCGUACUCCACAGAGUCUUCUAUUGCGGGUUGCCUGCCUUGGCAAAGGAAUUGAGGAAGCUAUCACAAGAAUUGACUUACAAGACAUCCACAAGAUUUGAGUUCCACAAGGAGUACUUUUGAAAUAGCAAAUUUCGCAAAUAAGCGACACAGUAUACUUUUUUUUUCUUUUUUCUUUUUUGUAAUUGUCCAUAGAUUAAGAGGAAUGCAUGUACCAAUACACAUUGAUUCAGAGAAAUGUAAAUGCAUAUAUCAUACAAGUUAUAAUAGAGAAAGAAAUCAAAAGAGUAGAGUUCUAUCUA